UCGGUUUGCUACAAUCAAACGAACCGAACAAUUUCUUUUGAAACGGUGAUACUCUAGUUCAGUUCAAUGCGAACGUGAGAACGGUGUGGACGUGCCAAAAAUACUACGCGGAACCAUCGUAAUUGAAAUAAUACUACAGCCACUAAUAAUUUCAAUUAAACUUGUAAUAAUUAAUAAAAAAAAUAAUUUAUUAAUUUUUUUCCCCAAUACAAAACUCCAAAUGAAUGCAAUUAAUUAUUAGAAAAAAAAACAAUUUUUCCAAUUGUUAAAAAAAACAUUACAAGAAAAUUCAAAAGUCCUGGAUUAUUUUGAAUUUUUCUUUAAAAAACAGUUUAACUGUGUUUAAUAUUAAUUUAUAAAAAAAAAUCUCUUUAAAACUUUAAGUUUUUUCUAAAAAAUCUCAGAGAUUUAAAAAAUUUCUAAAAAAUUGUUUUGUUUUAAUUUUUAUGUUAUUUUUAUACAAACUGUGAUUUUUGUUUAAUUAAAAAAAAAGAAAAUCUCAUAACUAACUAAAUUAUUUGUUAAAAAAAAAGAAACAAACUUGUGGUUUACCUUGCAUUAUAACAACAAUCACCUUAAACAAAAAAAAAUUUAUAAAAAAAAUCCAAGAAACAUUUAAGCAUAAAUUUUUGUAGUUUUUGGCCAAAAAAAGAAAAACAAAAGCAAACACACACACACACAAUUACAAAUCCAGUGUUUUAAAAAAAACUAUUAUUUAAAACAAUUACAAAUUUUAAUUAAAAAUAAACAAAAAUUUAUCUCAAAGAUAUUUCCAACUGAAAAAAAUAUAUAAUUUUGAAAACAAACGGUAUUUCCCCAUUAAUGAUAAGUGACGUUAACAAUUAAAUUGUAAAGAAAAACGCAAAAGCAAAAACAACAAACGCAAACUCAACAUACUUUGCAAACAAGUGAGCAGUGAAAAGAGAAACAGCAAACCAAUUUACAAGAGAAGAAUAUAUAAACUGAAAGAGUUUUCAACUAACGGAUUUUUUACAAAAACAAAUUCAUCUCCACUAACUGGGGGAGAUAGUUUUGCUUUGUAAUUUUCCGUAACUAAUACAAAAAAACUCCUGUUUUAACCUACUGAGUCGUCUUCUGUCUUUACCCCCACCUCCAAAAACAACAAGCCAAAAACAAUGACCUUGCCUAGUGUUACACCCAACCAACAAUGCGACGAUGAUUCGGACAUGUUUGGACCACCCCGUACCUCCCCACCCAUUGGCUAUCAUCAUCAUCGGUCACGCGUUCCUAUGAUUUCGCCCAAAUUGCGUCAACGUGAGGAACGCAAACGCAUCUUACAGCUGUGCGCCCACAAAUUGGAACGUAUCAAGGAUUCGGAAACAAAUCUCAGACGCAGUGUUUGCAUUAAUAACACCUAUUGUCGUUUAACCGAUGAACUCAGACGUGAAAAACAAUCUCGCUAUUUGGCCAAUUUACCUAGAACUGACUCCAAACCUGAAUCGGCCAGAGAUAACAUUUUCAAUCCCUACAAUAGCUGCGGCAUUGACAACUCCAAUCAUCAACCUUCCCACAAACAAUUAGCACAAAAUAAUGACAACAAUUCCAUGGAAAAAACUGAAAACUCUAACUGUAUUAACAAUUCCACACAUGACUCCUGCUCCCAGUUGGGAGAGAAACAAAUCAGCAGCAAUCAAAGUGAGGCAAAUUGUCAGACAAACUCUCCUGCUCGCAAACGUCCUCUUAUGUCCAGUAACAUUGAUAACGACUUGGAAAUUUUAGAUCGUGAAUUAAGUGCUAUCAACUCACCCAUGCCACUCAUAGACCCCGAAAUAACCCAAGGAGCCGAACAACUGGAAAAAGCUAUUUCAUCACGCAAACGUCAACGCAGCGAGGAUGAAAGUGAUCGUUUGGUGAGAGAGGCUUUAUCACAGUUUUACAUACCACCCCAGCGUUUGAUAUCGGCCAUCGAUGACUGCCCUCUAGAUAUAGUAAAUGUGGGCAGUUUAUCGCCGAAAAGACAAAAAAUGGGCAGUGAUUUGGAAUUGGAUUUUGAUUUGAAUCAAAAUCAAAAGGAAUUUGAGGUCAUAAUGGAUGCUUUACGUUUGGGUUCACCCAGUCCCACGCCUAGUGUGGGCAGUGAUUCUUGUGGCCAGGCCGCCAUGUUAAGUGAAUCGUCCAAUGUUUUCCAUAAUUUAGUGGUAACAUCUUUGGAAACAUGAAAGUUCCAGUAAUUCUACAAAUUAACUAAAAAGAACCCCUAGAGAUUAAAGCAAACAACAGGCAAAUUUAAUUUGCUACUCGUUUUAAAUAGUUAAUUUAAUUUACAAAACAAACAAACACACAGACAGACAAACAAAAAUAAUUUAAAAAAAAAAUUAAGUUUUUAAGUUUUUUUAGAAUUUAAGUUAAAUUUUUGUUAGAUAAAUUUCUAUAUUUUUCCUAAAACACAAAAACAAAAAAACAUUCUGUUUAAUUUUCUUUAAAUUUUUUUACUAUUUAUAUAUAAACAAAAACUAAAUAAUUAUUAUAAAUUGUAGUAAAAAAAAGCUUAAAAUUAUAUACUUAAACGCUUCUAUAUAUAAACAUUUAUGCUUACAACUUUACAUGUAUAUGACAAACAUGAAUGAAAUGAAUGAAUACUUUAUUAUACAUAAAUAUUUAAGUAUAAAAUAUUGUAUAUAAGUUAUAAAAGAUUUAGUUAAACAAUAUUUAAUGCUUCAUAUAAACAUAUAUAUUCAAAUUUGCUACAAAAAAUCAUCAAAACAAAAAAAAAAAAAAAAAAAAACAAUUUUCUGUAAAUCUAAAAAUUAUUUACUAAUAAUCAAAGAAUUUAUAGUCAAAACAACAAAACUAAAUUGAAAAUUAAACAUUUUCUAAAGAAAAACAUAUUAAAACAACAAGAAACAAUACUCUUAAGAAACUGGCUUAAUGAAAUUAAAAAUCUACUUCCUGUCAAAGCUUGUUAAUUAAAAUUCAAAAUUUUUAAGAAAAUUAUCCACCAGUUUCCUAGUCACCCCCCAAGCAAACAACAAAAAAAUAACCGUUUUAAGAAAAAAAGGUUUCACUUUUUUAAACAUUUUUAAACAAAUCAAAUACAUUUCACUUUGAAAGACAUAGAAAGAAACCAAGAGAGAGUAUAGUGAUCGAGCUUAAUGAAAAAGGAUAUUUAACAAACUUCCUUAAAGAAAGUGUAAACAUAGAGGAAAUUAAUGUAAACAAAGACUAGACUUGUUUAUCAUUCAUUGUAAACAAAUGAACUGUGUAAACACGGCUCUGUCACUAUUUCUCGCUAAACGGUAAUUUAGCCCAGUGUUGUAUUAAUUUGUGUUUUGAAGUCUACUCCUUUUUUUAGGGUGAAACAAACCUCUUAACAAAAAUUAAAAAAAAAACAGUAUUUUCUUUAACAAAAAAAAAACAACAUAAAAUUUUAAGUUCAUUUUGAAAAAAGUGCAAUUAGUAUUUGGAGUAAUUCAAAAACCAACAAACAAAACAACAACAAGUAACAAUUAAAAGCCUCAAUAUAAAUAAUAAAUUUUUGUUG